AUGUUAUUACAUUUAUAUAUUUUCAUAUUUAGUUUAAUUGUUAUCAAUUGUGCAAUUAUUACUGAAUUUGGUACUUAUAUUAAUCCAAAUCCAAGAAAAUAUUCUAAAUGUGAAUCUUCAGAUUUAAUUAAAUUAUCAAAUUGUUGUAAUGAUGUAUUAUUAAAAUUAGAUGAAUGUAAACCAAAUGAUUUAGCUUGUGAAUGUUGUGCGUUACAAAGUAUAAAUCAAGAAUGUUAUAAUUUAUGUCCUGGGAAUCCAUCUACAAAUUUUUUAACUGUUUUAUUAAAUGAUUGUCAUUCAUUAAAAGAUGUAAAUGCAUGUUCAUUACCGUUUAAAAAAGGAUAUGAUGAGCCCGUACCUAAAAAAUCUCCUGUUGAAAAAAAUAAAGUGGAAGAUGAACUAACUGAAACGUAUGAUGCCUCAUUAAAAUCUAAAAUUGAAAAUAAUCAACCAAAAGUUCAACAACAACAACAACAACAAGCAGUUAUCAAGAACAAAAAAAUCAAAUUGA